GUUGAUUGCCUGCACGAGGACAGAGCCAAGCAGAACAAGAAGUCUGUGUAGUAGGGGAUACAACCUGAGCCGAGCGAGUGGGUCAGUCGCCAGUUGGUCCCUAACACUCUGUGUUCUGGCGUGUUCAUUCAAGGUAUAAUACAUCCAUGUCGAGUUUCAUCUCUUGCCACUUCCUGAGCCGGAACUUGGGGUGCUGGAGCCUUGUCGUGAUCCUUCUCUUCUCAGCGGCUCGUGUUGGACUGAGUGAAGAAGCCGAUAAUUCCCCUAAAGCAACGAGGAACCUAUUUGGGAUUUUUGCAACCAGACCUCCUCAGAUCGACUUCCCCUUCUGUAGACAUACAUGUAGUUGUGGUGAGCGUAAUGAUGGCAGCAGGAUUGUGGGUGGAAAGCCCACAGAGAUGAAUGAAUUCCCAUGGAUGGCCCGUCUGUCGUAUUUCAAUCGAUUCUACUGCGGUGGCAUGCUCAUCAAUGACAGAUACGUUCUUACAGCUGCACACUGCGUCAAAGGGUUCAUGUGGUUCAUGAUCAAGGUGACGUUCGGCGAACACGACCGAUGUAACGACACCCGGAAGCCGGAGAGCCGGUUCGUACUGCGUGCUAUAACCGGUGACUUCAGCUUCAUGAACUUCGACCAUGACAUCGCCCUACUGAGACUAAACGACAAGGUGCCUAUCAGUGACAAGAUCCGACCUAUCUGCCUGCCAAACAACACAGAUGCGCUUUAUGAGGGCGUGAAGGCGAUAGCAAGUGGCUGGGGCACGAUUAAAGAAGAAGGAAAACCUUCCUGUAUCCUGCAGCAAGUGGAGGUCCCCGUCAUGAGCAAUCAAGACUGUCGGAAGAACACCAAGUACAACGAGAAGAUGAUCUCCGACAACAUGCUCUGCGCGGGCUAUCCGGAAGGAAAGAAGGAUUCUUGUCAAGGUGACAGUGGAGGACCUUUGGCAACUGAACGCGAGGAUAAAAAAUUCGAACUCAUUGGUAUCGUGUCAUGGGGAAAUGGCUGCGCUAGGCCCGGGUAUCCUGGUGUCUACACCCGCGUGACACGGUACGUGGCAUGGAUAAAGGAGAAUUCCAGGGAUGGAUGUUACUGCCAACAAAACAAUUAUGAGAUUAUGGCGAUGACCUCUAUUGCUUCUAAAUGUAAGCUGAAGAGUGCAUUCAGCAAGCAGUCAGUCUGCUUCAGGAAGCAGGUCGAUCAUGAUGGUUACCAGCAAGACGAGCUUGGCGUUGGCUGUGGCUCUCUACUUGCUACAUUCUUCACAAGCUAUGGACUCCAACUAAAAUACCUUGGUGGACUGAGGGUGUUUGAUAACACGGCGCCAAGGAGAAUAUUUGGACCUAGGAUGAAAGAAUCAACAGGAAGACGAAGAAAAUUGUAUAAUGAGGAGAUUCAUAAUUGGUAUUCUUCGGUGAGCAUUAGGUUGAUAAAAUCAAGAAGGGGUGAGGGGAAAGGAUUGUUUUCCUUCUUCUUUGGAAAACCGAGAACGUGCAACUGCCUUUGCGGACGACCGAACCGUGUAACUGCUCGUCUGCAGGGUGGAGAUUUCUCCCAGACUCAUGAGUUUCCUUGGCUGGCGGCCAUUAUUCUCAACGGGACGGGUGUUUCCAGUGGGGCGCUCAUCAAUGAUCGAUAUAUCAUUACAGCUAAUGGACCACUGGCUGGGUUAACUCCAUAUCAGGUGAAAGUGACACUUGGUGCAUAUGACCGAUGUCGGGUGGACAUCUCUUCUGUCAAUGAUAGCGUAUCCAACAUCAUCGUUCUGCCCAACUACGAUGCGCGCAGAGGGGACCAUGAUAUAGCUCUUCUAGAGUUGACUAAUCCUGUUACCUUUAAUCAGAACAUCAAUCCAAUUUGUCUCCCGGAUGCUAAUGCGAAGUAUUUGGGCCAAGUAGCGACGGUUGUCAGUUGGGGUCAAAAUCCCAAUUCCACGUCAACUACAACUGAACCAACGGCAGCCAACACUUCUCGGGCCCCUACCACCACCACCACCACCACCACCCCGGGACGAAGACGUAGGAAUACAAACAGUGGUUAUGAAAAGUGGCUCCAAAAUGAAGACGAUGGUUUCUGGGAAAACUUAAAUUCCCGAAAACGAAGACAAGCAACUGUUCCCCCUGACGACGUCUGUCUUCCCAAGAAGCUAGGCCUUCCAGUAUUAGGAGAAGGUCGGUGUCCGGAUGCCAGCGUCAAUUCUCAACAAAUAUCAGGAGACACAGGCUGUGCUGGAAUUAGUGGAGCUCCAAAUCAACUUUGCUCUACUGACGUCGGAGCACCGGUCCAAUUCAGAGAUCAACGUGGAGUAUACCAACUAAUCGGCGUCCUUUCUGCUAACAACGAUUGUGUUAAUUCAACACUGCCAACUCUCUAUACUAGAAUCAACAGCUACGUGUCCUGGAUACACAACAACACUCCUAAUGCCUGUUAUUGUUCAUCAAUAUUAAAAUUCGGUUUCUAGACAGCGCCUAUGGUUCACUUCGUGAAACCUUGGUGAGGUGCUUGAAAGCGGCUGCAAUAAGGAACAGCAAAGUUUCUCAUGUAUGUCGAAUUAAGUCCAAGUUGCAUGACUUGGUUAAAUUAUUAAUUAGAAAUAAAUAUGUAUGCAUCUAGUUCCAAUGUAAAUGGACGUUUCAUGUGUUCCUAAUUGUGCUUUAAAAAUUGUAACAUGGAAUAUCGUGCAUGUAAUACAGAUACUACACAAGAAUUAUAAAUAGCAGAUAACAGUACAGCAAUAAAAAUAUAAAAUAAAAGGUUUAAAUAUUUAUAAACAA